UGCGCACUCCUCCAAUCUACAACCCCAGCAGCGGCUAACCUUUUUCUGCAGAGCUCUUCUCUUCUCCCACCACCUACGUCCCUGCGGCAUCCAUUCGAUCGCCGCGUGGACGAGGUGAAGCCAUCCAAAGCAGACUUGAACUUCCUCAUCAUGGACUAUCUGAUCAAUGAAGGCUAUCCUGAUGCCGCUAUGAACUUUGCCAAAGAAGCCAGCAUCGUUCCUUCGGCCGACGGUGAGGCCAUUCAAGAAAGAGUAGACAUUCGUAACGCCAUCCACACCGGUGACAUGCAGCUUGCCAUUGAGCGCAUCAAUGAACUCAACNCCACAGGUCAGUCCUCUUCCUUUGCAUCCUCCCCUCCACACCAUGUUAUCCUUGACAAUGACCCGACACUGCACUUCCAGCUCCUCCGCUUGCAGCUGAUUGAACUCAUCCGUGAAAUCGUCAACGCGCCGGGUCCUCCCUCACCCACUGCCUUUACACCUGCUCUUGAGUUUGCAACCUCGCAACUUGCUCCACGGGCUCCAACUUCGCCUGCCUUCCUGCAAGACCUCGAACGCACAAUGGCCCUGUUGAUCUUCCCGUCGGACAAACUCACUCCCCAACUCAAACAACUUCUCGAUCUCAGCCUGAGACAGACAGUGGCCAGUCAAGUCAAUGAAGCCAUCCUGUCUUCUCAAGGCCAGAGACGAGAGGCGCGCAUCCGCAAUCUCGUUCGCCUAAGAGCAUGGGCCGAGCAAAGAGCGCGCGAGUCCAAGAGUGCUGCCGAGCUGCCUAACAAGAUUGGCUUGGGCUUGGAGACUCAAUCAGACGAUUAUGCCGAUGGCGAGGCAAUGAUUACGUGA